AUGGGAUGGGGUUCAGGUGCGGGCAAGGGCAAGAUCCUUGCCCCCGCUGCCGGCGACCUGGUUCACGUCAGCGCCCACAACCCGUUUGACGGCAAGAUGGUGCUUACCGACAUCUCGGGCCUCGCACACAGGGCGUCGAAGAAGCAGCCGAAGCAGGUGGCGCAGGAGGGAAUCUCGCAGCGUCAGCAGCAGUAUGUGACGCAGCACCUCCAGGGCGUCUAUGCUUUGGGUGGCAAAGUGUGUCUCGUCCUUGAUGGCCGUGCGUACCCACCAAAGAAGAAGGAGCGCGAGAGGCGGCGCGGGACAAGCCAGCAGGCAGUCGAUGAGGCGCUGGCAAAGGAGGCGAGGAACGAGGACGCCUCCAAGGAGUGGAAGACUGCUGCACGACCCGCCGAGCCAUUCUGGGCGUGGCUGAUGCAGGAGUGCAUCGACAAGGACAUGCCCUUCAUCGUUGCACCGGCAAGAGCAAGCAGCGGCGCAAGUCGCGAGGAGGACGGGAGCGGGGUGGACGUGGCGGACGUGGCGGACGUGGCCCAGUCGCCCAACUAG